AAGCUGUCAUAAUUAACGUGGAAUCCUAUAACAGACCACCAUUAUACUUUUAAUAUUGCAGACUCCAUGGAGGGUGAGCACUCCAAAAGAAAUGCAAAGAAAUAUCAGUCGUUUGAAUCAUAUCAAGAAAACAAUGAAAGGAGCGGACAAAGCGAUUGUGGCAAAGUCCUUUGGAAAAUGGGAAAGCGGCUCUCUAAGGUCCGCGACCGUGGCGAAGCCGGAUGAGCCGUCCGAGGAGAGCGAGGACGAGAAGCGGUCCAGGAGCACCUGCGAGGGCCCUCAAGUCGGCGAGAAAGCGGCAGAUAAAAGGAAUGAAGCACACGAUCAGCUCCUGAGAGACACGGCAAGCGUCAAUAAGGCCGGGCACUGCGAAGCUGGCAUCUUCCCCAACGCAGCGCCCUCCAAACAGCAAUCGAAGAUGGAUUCCGAAGGUGAGGAGCAGACCGUAAAACCGUGCGGCGCAGAUCUGACCAAUGAAGACUUUAUUGUCGAGACGAACAGCCCGUACGGCUCGUCGGUUCGUAAACGGAGCGCUCAGGAAGGGGCGGCGGGCGCCCCCAUCAACAAGAGGAAGUCCCUGCUGAUGAAGCCGCGCCACUACAGCCCCAGCGAGGCCUGCGACGAUGACAGCGAGGACCCGGCCCCGCGGCGGGACAAAGACGCGGCGAGGAGCGCCGACACUCCAGCAGAUGGAAACUUGAGUCCAAUAAAUGGCACGCCGGACAGAAACGGACGCUCCAACGAUUCGCUGGGGUGGUCCGAGGUGACGCCCGAAGGCUCGCCGCGGUGCGAGGUCAGCACGCCGGAAAUGUACGAAGAUGAGGAAGAAGAAGCAGAGGAAGAUCAAAGUCAGGACAGGCUAAGCGGCGCGUCGUCCCCGCAGAGCCCGAGGGAGCUCCGCUGGGCGUUCUCCGCGAAAAUGAACGGCUCGAGCCCCUCCAGAACCUGCGGAGAGCCUUCACCCGUGAAGGAAGAACCUCAACUGGAGCUGAGCAGAAGAGGAGGCCUUUUCCAGAGAUACAGGCCGGAGGAGGAGGAGGAAGAGGGGGGCAGCGACACGGAGGUGGAGAGGUCUCCCCGGCUGGAUGGCUGGCCGCUGGACCACCUCUGCCAGAGAGGCCUCGAAGUGGGCCGCGGCAGAGUCAAUCUGAGCCUGCUGGAGCAGGCCAUCGCGCUGCAGACGGAGCAGAGGCAGGUCUUGCAUCACGCCUACCGCGAGAUGGACCGCUUCCUCAUGGAGCAGAUGACCAAUGAGAGGAGGCACCAGCGCAUGAUGGACGUAGACAACAGGCUCGGCUACCCCGCGGGCAAAGACUCUCUGCGGACGGACAAGAGGGACAUCAAGUGUCCCACGCCGGGCUGCGAUGGCACGGGUCACGUGACCGGGCUGUACCCUCAUCACAGGAGUUUGUCCGGGUGUCCUCAUAAAGUGCGAGUUCCUCCAGAGAUCUUGGCCAUGCACGAGAACGUCCUCAAGUGUCCGACUCCCGGGUGCACAGGAAGAGGGCACGUCAACAGCAACCGGAGCACCCACCGGAGUCUGUCGGGCUGCCCCAUCGCCGCCGCGGUGAAAAUCUCCAAACCUCAGGACGAGAGCCUGAAAAGCAGACAAACGCCCGAUCGCUCGCCGAGGGUUGUGAGCCUGGUCAAGAAUUUGGACCUGAGCCAGCUGAACUACCGGCUGGCGCACCCGAUGGCCGCCCUGCGGAGCGGCCUGGCCAAGGACGUGGACAAGUACAGCAGGAUCCGCUUCGACUACGCCAGCUUCGACGCGCAGGUCUUCGGGAAGCAGCCGCUCAACGGCGGCAGCCACGACGCCGAAGUCUCGCACUAUCCCGACUCGCCGCAGCAGUUCCAUCCCGGCUUGCUGCUGGCGCCGGGUGGCCGCUUGCCAGCUUCCGGUCAGCACAGCUCACCGGCGAGUCACUUGAAGCGCGGAGACGGCGGCGCUUUGGGGGCAGCCGCCAUCCUCAACCUCUCCACUCGCUACCGGGAGAGCGGCGAGGAGGCGGCGGCGGCGGCGGCCGCGCGGCCCCUGGCAACCUCUACAAAGGACAUGCACAUAGAGGUGGAUGAAAACGGCACCUUGGACCUGAGCAUGAAGAAAAGCAAGGAGAGCGUCCACGCCAAAGCGCCUUCGGACGAGCAAGCGCACCCGGAGUCGGUCGUGGGGGCGGCGGCCAAAGGUUGCGGCGGCGUGCUGAUAAGCCCCGCCUUCUACCAUCCGCUGCGCGACAGGGACAGCUGGGAUGGCCCCGUCCCCGUCAACUUCAGCCAAGUGCAUGUUUUACACGACAAUGAGGAGGAGUUUGAUGCAGUCAGCAUGGAGGAGCAGCACUACCAAGGCGAAGCGGCCACGAUGAAGGCCAAGAUGCUCCUACGAGAGUCGAAGAAAGAACUUUUGAGCUGUCCGACCCCGGGCUGUGACGGCAGCGGCCACGUGACGGGGAAUUAUGCAUCGCACCGGAGCGUUUCUGGAUGUCCUCUGGCUGACAAGACUCUCAAGUCACUGAUGGCAGCCAACUCUCAGGAACUCAAGUGCCCAACACCUGGUUGUGAUGGAUCCGGACACGUGACGGGGAACUACGCGUCGCACAGAAGCUUGUCGGGAUGUCCACGUGCCAGAAAAGGAGGUUUGAAGCUCACCCCGAGCAAGGAGGACAAAGAUGAGCAAGAGCUCAAGUGUCCGGUGUUUGGGUGCGAGGGCCAGGGCCACAUAUCGGGAAAGUACACGUCUCACCGCAGCGCCAGCAGUUGUCCGCUGGCCGCCAGAAGACAAAAGGAGGCGUCCCUCAACGGGCUGCCCUUCGCCUGGAAGAGCAACAAGCAGGAGCUGCCUCACUGCCCUCUGCCCGGCUGCAACGGCCUCGGCCACGCCAACAACGUGUUUGCCACGCACAGAAGCUUGUCAGGGUGCCCGCUUAACGCGCAAAGUAUCAAGAAGAAGCACUCCGAAGAGGAGAUGAUGACCAUCAAACUAAAGGCCAGCAGUGGCAUUGAAAAGAAAGAGGACGGUCAACACUUGGAGCACGACAUCGACGAACUGAACCAAUCCAACAUGCAAAUGGCGGCGAACAUGAAGCAGCUGCAAACCCAGCAGAUCUCGUCGAUGGAGUGCAACCUGAAGAGCAUCGAGGAGGAGAACAAGAUGAUGGAGCAGCACAACGACGGCCUCCUCGAGGAGCUGGCUCGCCUCAGCCAAGCGCUCAUCAGCAGCCUCACCGACAUCCAGCUGCCUCAAAUGGGCCCCAUCAGCGAGCACAACUUCGAAGCCUAUGUGAACACGCUGACGGACAUGUACAACAAGUCGCAGUGCGAGUACUCGCCCGAGUGCAAAGCGCUUCUGGACAACAUCAAGAAGGCCAUCAAAGGUAUCCACGUUUGAGCUUUUUCCCUUUUUUUUCCUCCCCCGAGUGCACGUGCCAGACAUCAAUGUCCGAGGCCGCGUUGAGAGUCGGCCAUGUUAGAACUGCUUUUCACUUUGGUUUCUUUGAUCCUGCUGAGAUUUCCACUCCUCUUGCACUUGUUUUUCUUUUGAUGACGACUAUUUAUUAUUGUUAUUAUAUUAUUAUUGAUAUUCUAUUUGUCCAUCGCUGUAUUUAUUAUGAUUAUUAUGAUUAUUAUUUAAUUUAUGUGUAUUUAUUUCCCCAAAUAAAACAGUCCAAAAAAACAACAACAUUCCAAUUUUGUGCCGCACGAGUAUGACAGUUGCAGUAGCUCUCCCUUAAAGAAGUACUAGUACACCAAAAGUGAUCCUAUUUUUAUGAAGCUUUUGCUUUCUUUAUUGGAAUGUGAAUGUAUGCUAGAUGAUGUUACAAGUGAUAACAAUGCGAUGCCACUGUACUGUACCUUUCUUUUUUCUUUACUUAAAAUUCAAACAGCAAAAACACAACAAUUUUCAUUUUUAUUAAAUAUAGUUAUUAGAAAACUGCCUUCUGCACACACACACACACACACACACACACACACACGUGAGGUGUGCAUGUCGUACGUGCCUAAAUGUAUAUGGAUCCGUUUAUGACAUUAAAAAAACAAGUACAAGUACUACGUUUUGUUUGUGCUAGGGCAGUAUUACGUGGACGGUGUCUCAUUUAUUCACACAGUACAAUUAUUUUCAUAAUAGGAGGACAGAUGUGUUCCUGAUGACUGUUUCGAUAUCUCAGUAGCUGAUUGCAAGAUGGAGACUGACAAUUAUUUCAUAUUUGAUCCUUUUUGAAUGCACCGUGAGGUAAAAACACACAAAUGGACUCCUGUUUAUCUCUAUAAGUGCUUACAAAAGCCUUAACACUCUUUACCUAAAACACUUUGUAUAUUCUUGUAUCGCUUGGGGCAGAUUUGAAUGGUAGCUACUUAAAAAAAAAAAAAAGUACAAAUAAAUUUGUUUCCUCGAAUUACAACAAUGGGUGGAAAAAGGUUCUUUGCACUUUUGUAAUUCAAUGUGACUAUACUUUGAAACAGCAGUUUGUGCCAUGUUAUUCUAAAAAUAAGUACAUGAAUUUGUACUCUUUAUCAUAAUAUCUAUAUACUUUGCAUCAUUUUCCCAUAAAUGAACAGGUUGCCCAGCCCUCCUUUAAAUCUUUUUUUGUUUUGUUUUUUUUUUACUCUGAAUUAUGAUCCCCCACAAACGCCAAUGGACAUUGAAUUUUUGUCAACAUGUAGCCAAGCAGACUAUUGCCAUGAAAGGAAAGUGACAGCAGCAGCAGCAGCAGAAGCAGCAAGAGCCAAAUUAUCACAGCACCACCCCACAUUCUAUCCAAAUAAUAUUUAAAAAUUUCAAUCCCCAAAUGUAAUCCUUUAUUUAUAUUUUCUUAGAUUUAAUUCCUACCACACGCAUUGUUUGCUCAGGAAGUUCUGUGAAUAAUAUUUAUUUAUCUCCCUACAAUCUUCCUGUUAGUAUUUGAUGUUUUGUAAUGUGAAACGCUUCUUUUUCGUGAAACGAUUAUUAGUAUGAUAUGAGAUUGUAUUGUAUUUUUUUUUCUUUUUCUUAUUGAACAUGAUGAGGUAAUGCUUUUCAUUUUCCGCUGAAGUAGUUUGUACAUUCAAAUUUACUUUUACGAUUUCACAAUUUACACACACGCACACACACGCACACACACACACAAAGAUAUGCGCUGUGUUGUACAGUUUGUGUAUGGUAGAAAUAAACUUUUCAAACAGGUU